AUGAUUCAACGCAAGUUCGAAACACCCCAGUCUCUGUGUUCCUCGUCAAGUUCGUCAUCAUCGAGUCAAGCAGGUGACCAAACGUAUCCAGUUUUGCCGGGUGAUCUAGGCGCAGGCUCUGACAUCUGCAACCUCUCCACGUACGUCGUUGAUCCUGUGGAUCCUUUCGACAAUGAGGAGGUUUUCAAAGGGGCGACUGUAAGGCUGCAAAAUUUCAGUACUUGGUGGUAUACGUCGACUCUCGGGCAGGACCCCGAUGAAGCCGCCAACAGGUCGGCGUCGGACUCGGGGAACGCCUCGCUGCUGCUGGGAGACCCUGGUGUUUAUUUUGCCUGCUUGGUCUCGGACGAGGAAAGAUGCAUCGCCGCUGACUGCGUUGAGUUUAUAGUAUACCAGCCGAACUACGACUUCUUCCAGGUUUCAAGCACAAACAUUGGAGCCAUCGUCACGAUUCACUUCAAUAUGGCCUCGUCCAACGCAAACCCGGGCGACUGGGGCUGGGUUCUCGGCGGUACCGAUCCAAACUUCACAGUACAGGACGCCCACGACUUGAUCGAAGAAUUUGGUUCGAGUGAAGUGUACGCACGGUUCUCAGAAGGGUGCUGGUUCUACCUCGGGGCGGCGGCAGUUCUUGACCGUCCUUUUCUAUGUUCCCGGGAUCCGAACACGGAAUUGGCAGCGCUCCAAGCUUCCACGUUGAAUCGGGAGUACCAGUACGGAUCGAUCGAGUUCUACAGCGCUUCCAGCGGAAACUUGUCGAUCUGGUAUGCUGUCGACGAGGACUAUGACUUCACCAUGGUGCAUCACUACCGCACCUGCGGCAUUGAGAUACUUCCGCCCGAGUCGUUCGUGGUCAAUGCCACAUCUGACUUGAUCGUGGUGGCGGAGCCGGAACAGGGAGAAGACUGUGAUGUCGGGGGUGGCAUCCCCUUGGAGAUUUCCUCUAUGCCUGUGACGACUUCCUAUGUCGAUAUUCCAGCGUCAAUUUUCUUUCAGGGGUCCAUGAAGAAUAUGACCAACAAGUACACGUCCCUUUCGAUAAGAUUGCCGGUCACCGGGGCACACUCAGUCGUGGUGUUGCUAGAAUCGGGUGGAACCCUGGGGACUUUGGACAUUGUAUCCAUUCCAGGGGAACCCUACGCACCCAGCUCCGUCGUUUCUUUGAAGCCGCCUACCUCGAUGGCGCAACAUUCCUCGGCGAACGUAUCUUUCUCAUGUCGAGAUUUCUACAGCAACGACAUCACGGUUGGGUACGGAGACGACGCCUUCCAGGCCUGGAUGAGCACUUCAUCCCAAGAGGUUCCGGAGCGGGUCAACGACGUCGGGAACGGCUCUUACGUGGUGGAGCUGAGCGCUCAUAAUGAGUCAGAGGCGAAGUUGUUUUUCGUCCAGAGAGACAAACUCAACAUUCCUGGGAGUCCGUUUGAGGACAACGGAACCCCGAGCUACCUGUAG